CAAACUGCCAAGGAACUGUGAAGGUGAGAACUUUGGAAACGAAACAAGGGGCGUUGAAAGUGGUUUAUGUAUAUUUACUUAUUAUUCUUGUUGACAACCAGCCAAAGUCUAUUCCCCCAAACCCAAUGGCUCCGGCAAUGAAGAUCGUCUUCGGACUCUUGACGUUAGUCACCGUCGGUAUGAUCAUCGGUGCUUUGUUUCAGUUAGCAUUUAUUCGGAGAUUGGAGGAUUCGUAUGGCAGUGCAAUUCCAUCUGGAAAAGUGCUUAGAAGUUGGGAUGAUGGAUACCUUAAGCUGCCAAGAGGUUUAAGUCAUUUGCAUGGUGACCAAGAAGCAGAAGUUUUGCGUCUUGGAUAUGUAAAACCUGAAGUAAUUAGCUGGUCCCCUCGAAUCAUCGUGCUUCAUAGUUUUCUAAGCAUGCAGGAAUGUGAUUAUCUUAGAGCGAUUGCCAGCCCUCGGCUUCAGAUUUCCACUGUGGUGGAUACAAAAACCGGGAAGGGGAUUAUGAGUGAUGUAAGAACAAGCUCAGGCAUGUUUUUGAGUCAUGAAGAGAAAAAGCAUCCAACGGUACAGGCAAUUGAAAAGCGAAUUUCAGUAUUUUCUCAAGUGCCAGUGGAAAAUGGGGAGCUCAUACAAGUUUUAAGGUAUGAACAGCAUCAGUUUUACAUGCCCCAUCAUGAUUACUUUUCUGACAGUUUUAACGUGAAAUACGGUGGUCAGCGAAUAGCAACAAUGCUCAUGUAUUUAAGUGAUGGUGUUGAAGGGGGAGAAACAUAUUUUCCUAUGGUGACCAGGGAGAUCCUCUGGGAAAUAGUACAAUUCAUUACUGCUUCUUUGUUAUGUUACAGGAGGCCUCUGAAGUCUGCCCGUGGGGAUAAAUGCCUCUAUCUCUUCACUCUCUCUGCCUUGUUUUUGGCUAGAAACCUUUUUGAAGUUUACCUUGCACUAAGUUUGACUUUCAAUUUUAACACGGAUCUUAUCUUGGAAUUCAGGUUAUAUCCAUAGCUUUUCUAUUUAUGCUAUGAUUUCAUUAGGGUAAAUUAUGUCCUUCAUUAGGAGUCCCUAUUGUACCAAUGAAGUACUAAAAGUACAUCAAAUCUGCAAAAAAAUGUAAAAUAAAUAAAACAUAAAUGAUUCCUCCCAGGCCUUUUCUUUAUUCUCUGCUUCCUUUAUUUCUUUAUCAAUCCUUAAUUUUGGCAAAAUUUAUGUUCACCCUUUCACUUCAUGAACUCAGGCUGGCUCAGGUGAGUGUAGCUGUGGCGGCAAGACUCUGAAAGGGUUGUCUGUAAAACCAAUCAAAGGAGAUGCAGUGCUUUUCUGGAGCAUGGUUUGUUUCCUUUCUCUAUUGACAAAUUGUUCCUCAUUAGGGAUGCCAACAGAGCAGGGUGGGGUUCCAGAAUUUAUCACCUAGGCCCUAUCGAGGGUCAAUGACUCAAUGGGAUACAUCCUUCCCCAAUGGGAAUAUUUUUUUUUAACAAAUACUCUGUAAUUUUGCAACUAAUGUUGAUAAAGUUUGUAUGGAGACUGAAGUAGACCCUGUAAGAUCUGUCUGACUCGAUUUUGUUCGCAAUUUGUUAGGGACUAGAUGGAGAGUCAGAUCCAAAGAGCAUACAUGGAGGAUGCGAGGUAUUAUCAGGGGAGAAGUGGUCAGCAACAAAGUGGAUGAGGCAAAGAAAUUUUUGAUUGCUCGUACUUGUCUAUUUCUUCAGGGACUCUAAAAUGCAUGCAUUCCCAACCCUGGGAAAGUGCUGUAGCUGCUUGUAUUAUAAAAUCGAAUUCCAUUUACUUACAAUCAGUCUUAUACAAAGAUAGCAAUGUAUAGAUUGGCAGUAAGCAUUUUGACCAUUUGAUUCAUAGGAAUAUAGCAAUUGUGUUGUCCUUGCUUACCUGGUUUUCUCCAGGUUAAGCCUGUCCAACACUGUAAUCACAAUUUAUAAUCAUGCAAAAUAGAAAUUGGUUACCAUC